AUGUCAAGCCACAAUACGUUUAACAGGGCUUCCAACAGUGAGAAGAGUGCAACAAACCACAAGUCUGAAAAUGAGACGGGUAACGAUUUUGACGAGUCUCAUCUUUCUGAUGAAGAUGAUUCACUCUUACGACUUUCACAGCAAGCACAGCACAGGAAACUAAGCCAACAGCAACUUCUUAAUGACGAGCCCAUCGAACCACUGGAUCCUAUUGUCGCAGCUGACAAUAGCAGCGCUAUAGAUGACGACGAUUUUGAAAAUGAUGCAAUUGUCGCAGAGGAUGAAGACGAAGACGAAGACGAAGAUGAUGAUUCGGCCCACAACGAUCCCAAUGCAGAUGAGGAGUUGGAAAUGCUUGAAACCGCAGAUUUCUUACGUCAAUUAAUGCAGGCAAGAAGAAUAUCAGAUAUCAACCCAGGAUCAGGUGAUUCCGGCAACAACAACUACAUCAACAGAAGGGAUUCUGGUGCCAACGAAGAACAACAUACAGAAAGGGACUUGAAUGAUACUCGGGCCGAAUUUCUUCGUGCAAUUGGUGCACUUUCAGGUGCAAGAAGAGGUGAGUCGUCUAAUGAUGCUCCUGCUAACAGAGCGAAUGGAGAUGCUGAUGCCGACGGUGACAGUGGCAGCGGCAGAGGCAGUGGAGGUGGCAUUGGCGGCGGAAAUGGGCCUGCUGGGUUUGUUGAUGUCAUGCAAAGAUUAAUGGGUGGUGGAGUAAUGUUUGGUGGUAACCCCAGCGAAGGUGAGAACAUCGGAGCACUCAUCAAUAACUUGGAACAGAGAGAGGAUACUUAUAUUAUGCUUGAAUCAUUAAAUCAAAUUUCAGAAAACUUGCUAAUGAUGAAUGGUUUAACAGCUGAACGUUUGAUACCAUCUAAUAGAUUGGCCAGAAGUCUAGUAAGUAUAAUGGAUGAUCCAAAGCUAGAGGAUGAACUUGAAUUACACUUGGUGGCAUGCCGUUGCUUAUACAACUUUUUAGAAGUUAAUCAAGACUUCAUCCAUGAUGCAUUGAACAAUAAUGCUGUAUCGGCAUUGUGCAACAAGCUAUUGGAGAUAAAGUACAUUGACCUUACCGAACAAGCAUUACAGACACUUGAAAUGAUUUCAAGAGACCCCAUUUCACACAACAGUAUUAUUUUGAAUAGCGGAUUGACAGCCUGUUUACAGUAUCUUGAUUUUCUAACUGUGCAUGCUCAACGAAAGUGUUUAAGUAUUGUGUCCAAUUCUUGUACCAAUAUUUCGAUAUCGAACUUUGGAAAGGUCAAGGAAGCAUUCAAUGGUAUAACCGAUGUUGUUAGAGCUCAUAAUGACCAAAAUGUGGUUGAAAAUGCUUGGAUCACAAUUGCAAGAAUUAUUGAGUGCUUUAAAAAUAAACCCGAAUACUUGAAUGAGCUCUUUUUAGGCAAAGAGUUGUUUUUCAAAGAAUUGGUUAAUGUCAUUCUUGUUAGUUGCAACAAGUCGCUGAACACGAGUGCCGAGUCGGAACAAGUUGCUUUGUCUUAUAGUUCAUGCCUAAGUUUGAUCCGAUCAUUGACAAUAUUAACCAGUGUUAGCAUUGAGGUUUCCAAGAUUUUAUUGAGCGAUUGUGACAUUGGAUCUAUGAUUGUAAAGGCAUUAAAUAAGUUUGCAAGAUCGAGGGGUAAUAAGUCAGGCGAUGCAGUGAAACAAGAAGAUGAUGGUGCCACAGUUUCAAUCGAAGCGUUGUUGGCAGCUCCCAAGGAACUAGUGUCUCAAUUUUUGACAUUGGUUGGUUAUUUGUUGCCAAUAAAUUAUCCACCUUCAAAAGCACUCUACUUGAAACCUGACUUUGAAGAUUACGAGGAGAAAGAAAACAUAAACCACAAAAGAGUUGAAUUAUGUACUGAGAUCAUUCACGACGAUUACUGGAAAUUUGUUAACGAAAUUUGGACUUUUCUGAUUUACAGCAUUCAAGCAACAACCGAUGUUGAUAUUAGGCGAAGAGGGUUUAUCAACUUGUACCGAAUUGUCAACUCUAUAGAAGAGACCCAACUAGGACAAGUCAAGCAUCAUGAGCUUGUUUCUGGGCUCUUGGCUUCCGUUGUUAAUCAAUAUCAACCGCAGGUUUUGCAAGGGUUGAAGCAAAUAUCGAAUACCCGGAAACAUGAUGAGGAUGUUGAUAUGCGGACCAGUGAUCUCGAAGACUUUGAUGACAAUCAAGAUCAACUUUCUAGUGGGGGAAGACAUGAUAAUGGAAGUGACGAAGAGAUGGAUGAUGGCACGAGUGAAAUUGAAGAGGACGAUGAAGAAGAACAUGAAGACGAGGAAGACGAAGAAGAUGAAGAAGACGAAGAUGACGAGGAUGGGGAUGAAGAAGAUGAAGAGGAAGAGGAAGAUGAUGAGGAAGAUUACCCGGUGGUUACGAAUCGCACCGAGGAUGUCAAGAGCCUUAACUCAACAAUGUUGAUGCUAAGUGCAUUAGAAAUACUAAAUGUUCUAUUGAAAAAGGCCCCCAGCGUUUACUUACAACCCUUUGAAAGAGAAGGUUUGAUGAAGGAUGUUGCAUUAAUUUUGAAAAGCUCUUUGUCUGUAAAAAAGUUGUCAAGCUUGCAAUCAUCGCAGAAUCAUUUCCUGGCCUCAUUUGCAAACAAAUACAUUGAUGUUGAGUUCACCAAGGAAUACGAGUUUAGAUCCUCAAUUAAAGACGUCUAUCUGAAAAUUAAAGCAGCAGCAUCAGAGAUCAACAAAGAAUACAAUAACGAAAAGAUGUCACAAAGUAGUGAGCUAUCUGAACAUAUGCAAAUAUUGUAUCAAGUAAAGGAUAUUUUAUCUGACACAAGGACUACCAAAUUGUUUACGUAUGACCAGUGGUUACAAGUUUGGGAACAGUUCAAGUUUUCCUUACAAGGUGCAUCAAAGAAAGUGCAUAUUUCAAGUUUUGAGCUUAUUUCUUCGGGAGUUAUUACUCUGUUGACAGAUUUGUUGACUUCCAAUGACUCGGAAUAUGUUUUUGAAUCUAGUCCCUGUUACCGUGCAUUUAUUGAUUUGUUUUUCACUGAUGAUUGCUCCGAUGCCAAAUCGUUGGUACAUCAAUUACUUGAAGCUUUGACGAGGUCCGAAUCGUUUGAAAUUGUUUCAGCAGGAAGUCACAACUACCACUCUGCUUCAUCUCGUGACCAGCAACAAGCAGCAUUGAUGGCAAAUCAAAUCAAGUUAAAGUUGAAUUUAGAUGGUGAUUUGGGUGAUCUCAAGAUGCCAACUAAUUUGCAAAAUAUGGUGGUGUCCGUGCAUGCCAUAGCUACAUUUAAAUCGAUUCUUUCAUUCUUAAAGCAGAGAUUUCAAUUUAUGGAGCAGUUGAGCAAUUUGGGGUCCAAUAGAGGAUCAAGUGAUGAUGCAGAAGCAGAAGGCAAGAAAUCUGAUUUUAGUUUGGAAUUCUUGAUUAAUGGUGAAGUUAUCCCUCUUGAAACGACCAUAUAUGGUGCCAUCUAUAGAUCAGCUCAAAUCAAGCCGGAUGAAAUUGUUGAUCCGAAAAAGAUUUGGACAGGUGUUCAUCAAAUAACUUUUAGAAAAGUUAGUAGCGAAGUGAGUAACGAAGACGUUUUUGGCAAUUACAAUGGUACUGUUGAUGAUUCUGAGUUGACCACUUAUGAUGAGACAACAAUUGGAGUUUUACAACUUUUGAAAGCUUUGUUUAAGAUGAACACAUUUGUGCAUCAUGGUGGUAGGCGAAGUGUACCCGUCAAAGAUUUCAUCAAUUGGAAAUUAACGGCGAAAUUGAAUAGACAAUUGGAAGAACCUUUGGUAGUGGCUAGUGGCACAUUACCUGGAUGGAGCAUACAUUUGACAAAACAGUUUCCGUUUAUAUUCCCAUUGGCAACACGGAUAUUCUUUUUCCAGUCUACAUCGUUUGGCUAUUCUCGUUUGAUCCAUCAAUGGCAAUUGAGAACGAACCAGGAUUACGAAGAUAAUAGACGAAAUGAGAGCACAAGCAACAAUUCUGCUUAUAAUCAAAGACCACAAUUGGGAAGACCAAAUAGACACAAGGUGAGAAUUUCGAGAAAGAUGAUGUUGCAAAGUGCUUUGAAAGUGUUGGGCAUGUAUGGAACGACACCGGGCAUUUUGGAGAUUGAAUAUUUUGAUGAGGUUGGAUCUGGACUAGGACCAACAUUGGAGUUUUACUCAACUGUAUCCAAGGAGUUUUCCAAGCGUAAGUUGAAGUUGUGGAGAGAUGAGAAUAGGUACGAUGGUGAUGGUGAUGGAUACGUGGAGAAUAAGAAUGGCUUGUUUCCAUCUCCAAUGGAUAAACAACAGGUUAACAAUGAGAACGGGAAAAAGAUUUUGUAUUUCUUUUCAUCACUAGGCAAGUUUAUUGCCCGGGCUUUGUUGGAUUCGAGGAUUAUUGAUUUCAAUUUCAAUCCUGUUUUUCUCAAGUUGGUGCAACUUAUAAACCAAAAGAGUACUUCACAAUCACAACCAUGGAACCAAAAAGUGAUGAAAAAGAUUGUUUCCUUGCAGAAUUUAAAAAUGGUUGAUCCUGAAUUGGCCAAGUCUUUACUGCAUUUGCAAAAGUAUGUUAAUGCGUAUGUCACGGUUCCUAAAGAGCAAAGAAAUUUUAUUGAAAUUGAUGGUGUCACAGUUGGCGAAUUGGGAAUUUAUUUUGAAUUACCCGGGUACCCCAAAUACGAAUUGAUACCAAAUGGCAGUGAUACAUUAGUUGAAGCCGAUAAUUUGGAGCUCUACAUUACCAAAGUUCUCGAAAAUACUUUAUUUACGGGUGUGAUUCAUCAAGCCAAGGCGUUUAUGGAUGGAUUUUCCAAAGUGUUUCCCAUUAGUUCGUUGGUUAUAUUUUCGCCGCAAGAAUUGGUUGAAUUAUUUGGCAAUUGUGAAGAAGACUGGUCGUUUGAUGCAUUAUCAUCAGCAAUUGUUGCUAAUCACGGGUAUAAUAAAGAUUCACCCGAAAUCAAGGAUUUGAUCAAUAUUUUAAUUGAUUUCAAUUUAGAAGACAAGCGACAAUUUUUACAAUUUCUUACUGGAUCGCCCAAGUUGCCCAUUGGCGGGUUUAAGGCGUUACGUCCAGAAUUGACUGUGGUUCGAAAACACGCUGAAGAUGGGUUGAAGGAUGAUGAUUAUUUACCUAGUGUUAUGACGUGUGCCAAUUAUUUAAAGAUCCCCAAGUAUUCAAGUAAGGAAGUUUUGCGAGACAAAUUGUUGCAAGCGGUUAAAGAAGGAGCUGGGGCAUUUUUGUUGUCGUAG